GAUUCCGGGCUUAGGAAUGAAAGGAGAGAAGGCAGGUGAGAAACCGAGGCAGGCAGGUGGGGAAACCGUGAGGUGAAGGUGAUCUUAGUUUGGUGUGGCAGAGGCUGGAGAGAAAGCGAGGACCCUAAAGAACCCGACGGACAGCUGGCAGAGAGAGAAGUUGGCUACCAUGGAAUCACCAGAGGAGCCUGGAGCAUCCAUGGAUGAAAACUACUUUGUGAACUACACUUUUAAAGAUAGGUCACACUCCGGCCGUGUGGCUCAGGGCAUCAUGAAACUGUGUCUGGAGGAAGAGCUCUUUGCUGAUGUCACCAUCUCAGUGGAAGGCCGGGAGUUUCAGCUCCACCGACUGGUCCUCUCAGCUCAGAGCUGCUUUUUCCGGUCCAUGUUCACUUCGAACCUGAAGGAGGCUCACAACCGAGUGAUUGUACUGCAGGAUGUCAGCGAGUCGGUUUUCCAGCUCUUGGUGGAUUAUAUCUACCACGGGACUGUGAAACUUCGAGCUGAAGAACUACAGGAAAUUUAUGAGGUGUCAGACAUGUAUCAACUGACAUCUCUCUUUGAGGAAUGUUCUCGGUUUUUGGCCCGCACAGUGCAGGUGGGGAACUGCCUUCAGGUGAUGUGGCUGGCAGAUAGGCACAGUGAUCCUGAGCUCUACACUGCUGCCAAACACUGUGCCAAGGCCCACCUGGCCCAGCUGCAGAGCACAGAGGAAUUUCUCCACCUGCCCCACCACCUACUCACUGAUAUCAUCUCGGAUGGAGUUCCAUGUUCCCAGAACCCAACAGAGGCAAUAGAAGCCUGGAUCAAUUUCAAUAAAGAAGAAAGAGAGGCCUUUGCGGAGUCACUCAGAACUAGCUUGAAGGAGAUCGGGGAGAAUGUGCACAUUUAUCUGAUCGGCAAAGAGUCAUCUCGUACCCACUCGUUGGCUGUGUCCUUACACUGUGCAGAAGAUGAUUCCAUCAGUGUAAGUGGCCAAAACAGCUUGUGCCACCAGAUCACUGCAGCCUGUAAGCAUGGUGGAGACUUAUACGUGGUGGGAGGGUCCAUCCCACGGCGCAUGUGGAAGUGCAACAAUGCCACUGUGGACUGGGAGUGGUGUGCGCCUCUGCCCCGGGACCGGCUCCAGCACACCCUGGUGUCUGUGCCUGGGAAAGAUGCUAUCUAUUCACUGGGUGGCAAGACACUGCAGGAUACCCUCUCCAAUGCAGUUAUCUAUUACCGGGUAGGUGAUAACGUCUGGACAGAGACAACGCAGCUAGAGGUGGCUGUGUCAGGGGCUGCUGGUGCCAACCUUAACGGGAUCAUCUACUUACUGGGCGGGGAGGAGAAUGACCUGGACUUCUUUACCAAACCUUCCCGACUCAUCCAGUGCUUUGACACAGAGACAGACAAAUGCCAUGUGAAGCCCUAUGUUCUGCCCUUCGCAGGUCGCAUGCAUGCAGCUGUGCAUAAGGAUCUAGUGUUCAUCGUGGCUGAAGGGGACUCCCUGGUGUGCUACAAUCCCCUGCUAGACAGCUUUACCCGGCUUUGCCUUCCUGAGGCCUGGAGCUCUGCCCCAUCCCUCUGGAAGAUCGCCAGCUGUAACGGAAGCAUCUAUGUUUUUCGGGACCGAUAUAAAAAGGGGGAUGCUAACACCUACAAGCUUGACCCUGCCACAUCAGCUGUAACUGUCACCAGAGGCAUUAAGGUGCUACUAACUAAUUUGCAGUUUGUGUUGGCCUAAGGCUGUGGGGGGAAGAGCAGCUGACUUUUACCUUCCCGUUUUCCAGCACCUAUCCAUCCAAAUUCAAAGUCCUUGGGGCCCUGAUCAGAGUACUAUGUUAUUUUUUUGGCACAUGUUAGAAAGGGCAGCACCUCAGUCUUUCCUGAACCUAUAAGGGUGUUUCAUUUGGGGCUUUUUAGACUGCUGCUGCUCAGGUGGCUGCUCCAAGAGUAGGCCAUCUGUCCUAUGCUGUCCCCUGGUAAUCCUGUGCCUCCCUGCAGAUGGCUCCGAGCAAGCCAUUUCUCAGACCAUAGGCACAGCCGCCUCUCGUUCCCUGAUCAAUGUCAAGUAGAAGCACUGCUGAUCCCAGGACAAAAGGAAAAUGCCCCCAUCUUCCUUUUUUCUGUAACCUGCAAAGUGGCUAAUUGGUAAUUUUCCACAAAGAAUUAAGUGUUAGAGUUUUGCUUCAGGCUUUGGUUGGAAGAAUGGUCUAAGCUGAAGGUGUCCUUCACCAGCAAGCACCAACUCUAGAAUUCAGGACACUGCAUCUCGUGUUUUCUCACCUCUCUCUCAGGAAAUCAACACUUUGGGAUUUUGUUUGUUUUGGGGGGGGGGGGUUCUUUUUCUUUUUUUUUUUUUCCAAGAUUUAAAAAAUUUAUUUGACAGAGACAGAGAGGGAACAUAAGCGGGGUAGUAGGAGAGGGAGAAGCAGGCUUCCCGCUGAGCAGGGAGCUGGAUGUGGGGCUUGAUCCCAGGACCUGGAGAUCAUGAUCCGAGCUGAAGGCAGACACUUAACGACUGAGCCACCCAGGCGCCCCUGGAGGUAUUCUUUUUUUCCUCAAUAUACAUGCUAUUUAUUUUUUUUCCUUAGACUGUAUUGUUUCAGGGGUACAGGUCUGUGAUUCAUCAGUCUUAUACAAUACCCAGUUCUCACCACAACACAUACCCUCCCCAGUGUCCAUCACCCAGUCACCGCAUUCCCCCCCACACACCCCCUCCAGCAACCCUGCUUAUUUCCCGAGAUUAAGAGUCUUUUAUAGUUUGUCUCCCUCUCUGGUGUCAUCUUGUUUAAUUUUUUCCUCUCUUCCCCUAUGAUCCUCUGCUUUGUUUCUUAAAUUCUGCCUAUCAGUGAGGUCAUAUAAUUGUCUUUCUCUGAUUGACUUAUUUCGCUUAGCAGAAUACCCUCUAGUUCCAUCCAUGUCUUUGCAAAUGGCAAGGUUUCAGGGUUUUUUCGUGGCUAAGUAAUAUUCCACUGUAUGUAUAGAUGUGUAUAUAUAUAUAUAUAUAUAUAUACCAUAUUAUCUUUAUCCAUUCAUUUGUCGAUGGACAUCUGGGCUCUUUCCAUAGUUUGGCUAUUGUGGACAUUAAUGCUAUAAACAUUGGGGUGCAGGUGCCCCUUCAAAUCACUACAUUGGUAUCUUUGGGAUAAAUACCCAGUGAAUACUUUGGUUUUUUUGCUCUUGUUUUUGUUUUCAAGAUUUCUUUUUAUUUAUUAGAUAGAGAGAGAGAGAGAGAGAACGAGCAGGGGAGGGGCAGAAGGAAAAGCAGACUCCCCACCAAGCAGGGAGCCCAGUGUAGGACUUGAUCCCAGGACUUGGGAUCAUGACUUGUGCCGAAGACAGAUGCUCAACCGACUGAGCCACCUGGGCGCCUAACACUUUGGUUUUAUGUUUUAUUUACUCCAAGGAGUAAGCCAGAAAGAAAUAAUAUUAUUUCUGAUUAAUAGCAGAAACUUUUUUCAAAUUUAAGUAUAUAAGGUCUUUACUCUUUUAAAAGCCCUAAGGUAAGCCAAGAGCUAGGAACUGUUCAUACAAAUAAAAGUUUUGGAAGGGA